CAAAAGAGUGCCAACGCCACUGUCAUUUGAAUUUUGUAGCAUUAAUUUUAUUUUAUUUUGAAAUUUCUUUAUAAAUAUGUUUGUGUUGUGAAAUCGUAGUGUUUUAGUGACUUAUUAUACAAACUGUGUAUUGUGUAUUGUUAGUUAUAAAAUAUGAGUAUUUUUGUAUGUUAGAGAUGUACUAUCAAUUAAGUUACGUAUCAUUGUUAUUGGAAUAAUGAAUCGAAGUCCUGAUAUAUUGUUUAUGGCAGAAUAUAUAAAAAAUGCAUUGUAUUUUGCAACUGUAAGACAAGGAAAAACACUUAAGAAUACCGUUGAUACUCAUUACUUUUGCAUAGAUAACGAUUUAGUUUACGAAAAUUACUAUUCUGACUUCGGGCCUUUAAAUCUCGGUUGUGUGUAUAAAUAUUGUAGAAUAUUAAACGAAAAACUCAAACAGUAUUUAAAUAAGCAAACUAUCGUUCAUUACACUUCUAUCGAUCCGAAAAAGAAAGCAAAUUCAGCAUUUCUAUUAGGAUGUUACGGUGUUUUGUAUUUGAGUUUAACACCAAGAGAUGCUUUAAAGCCGUUGAUGGUCCAUGGACAGAGCUACAGACCGUUCCAAGACGCAACGCAAGGUGAAUCUGCUUACACGAUAUCACUUAUGGAUUGUCUACAAGCUAUAAAAAAAGCUCGAGAACUAGGUUUCUUCAACUUUCAAGAUUUCAAUUAUGAAGAAUAUGAAAGAUUGGGAAAAAUCCAGGGUGGAGAUUUGAAUUGGAUUGUGCCUGGAAAAUUUUUAGCGUUUAUCGGUCCAGUUGACUACAGUGUAUCGCUCUUCCACCCGCCCGAAAUGUAUAUAAACUACUUUCUGGAAAAUAAUGUAAAAGUAGUUAUUCGGUUAAAUAAAAGAUUAUACGACGGAAAUGUAUUCAAUAACGUGGGUAUAAUUCACUAUGAUUUAUUCUUCCCUGAUGGUUCCUGUCCAAGGCGACAUAUCCUAUUUAAAUUCCUUCAAAUUAGUGAAGAAGCAAGUUGUGCAAUCGCUGUGCAUUGCAAGGCAGGUCUAGGGCGCACUGGCUCGUUGAUUGGUUGUUACCUAAUCAAACAUUAUCGGAUGACGUCGCACGAAGCCAUUGGCUGGAUGAGGAUUUGUAGACCUGGAUCCGUCAUAGGUCAUCAGCAGGGCUGGCUGGAGGAACUAGAACCGUGGCUAAUGAAGCAUGGGAAUAUUUAUAGAAAACGUAUCUAUCAGGAUACUGAAAAGUUCCCCAUACAUGAAUUUGGCGUUUAUUCUAUCGCCGAAAAGACUAUGAAACAGCGACCAGUAGUUUUUCAUAAAUCGCCAUCACCACCGCCUCCAAUCCAAAAGCAAAAUAUGCGAUCGGAAUCAACAACUCCAAUGAGACCACAGAACUCCCGAGUAAAAGAAGCUCUUAACAAGACGCAGGAGAAGGAAUACGACUGGCACGUGAAACCGCAAACUCUAAACACCAGUCAGCAGAAAGUGUUAUACAGGGGAGACCCAUAUGAAUCAUACAACAAUGUGUCGCGUCGCAGUAGUGGUGCUGGCGAUCCUAAAGCCAGCCGACCGACAUCUAGGAACUCUGUAACACGUGCACAGAUGCCAAGAGAAAGUCUAAAGUCUAGUAUUAGGGAGCCCGACAUUAAAAACUUGCGAGGAUAUACCCCUAUAACGACUUUUCGUACUAGCCAAGCUCCAGUUAUCAAAAGCGUUAAUGACGCUAGGAACUACUUGAUGCGAAGCAGUAUUUAUAACACGGAGAGAGAAAAACAGUUAAAUUCGUCCGUUACCGUGACUCCACAUUAUCCAUAUUAUGCGAGCCGUGUACAAAACCAACCAUUGUUGAGUUCGCCUAUGGCGAGUGUAGGAGCGCAUAAUAUUAUUCCAUCAUCUUACAGCACGGGACCUAAACCACCGGGACAACCCCAAAUACGACGAAGACUUGGGCGAAGUCCAAGCCCCCCUGUUCGUAUGCCCAACGACCAGUCCCGGGCCACAAAUACACCGUCACCAACUGAAAAGUUUUUAGUGAAGUAUGCCUCCAAAUCUGCGUUGAAAGAUGUAUUCUCUAAGCUGAAAUUGUCGAUGUGUCGGGACGGGUCCCUGGGCGCGGCGUCGUUGGGCGCCACUAGAGAUGCGCCCACAACGCGCCGCGCCCCCUCCGUGCGCUCCGACGAGCGACCUCUAGCUACGCAGGGAGACAUGCUCAAUAGUAUCAAGUUCCAGAGAAGAUUGCGUGAUACUAUAAAUGCAGAAAAAACUGGCAACUUUCAUGAGAAAGCUAGUCAGCUGCCUAAGAAGCCUAGCAUCAAGAAUAUGAGCACUAAAACUACCAAUCUGAUGAAACCAAGUAUUAAUCAAGAUUAUGGGUGCGUACACUUUUUUCACCUCUGCCUAUCCCUUCGGAGACUAAAAGCGGUAGCAGGGAGAAGCAGAGCCCAAUAUCCCGCAGCUUCUUCAGCCCUGCGCGGCCGAUGUCACCGAAAGGCCGCCGAAGCCCGCAAACGACCAGCUUCUACUGACCGCGUCAUGUCACGCAGCCGACUCAAAUUGUGUCGUGAUUGAAGUAAUGAAAGGACCGUUUUAUUAAUA